AUGUUUGGGAGGGCUCCGAAAAAAAGUGAUAAUACUAAGUACUAUGAAGUUCUGGGGGUACCCAAAACUGCGUCGCAGGAUGAUUUAAAGAAGGCUUACAAGAAAGCUGCUAUCAAGAAUCAUCCUGACAAGGGAGGUGACCCUGAAAAGUUUAAGGAGCUUGCACAUGCUUAUGAGGUUCUGAGUGAUCCUGAAAAACGCGAGAUCUAUGAUGAGUAUGGUGAAGAUGCACUCAAGGAAGGAAUGGGAGGUGGCGGCAGCGGCGGCAUGCAUGACCCUUUUGACAUCUUCCAAUCCUUCUUUGGUGGAAGCCCAUUUGGAGGCGGUGGUAGCAGUAGGGGACGAAGGCAGAGGAGGGGAGAGGAUGUAGCACAUCCAUUGAAGGUCUCUCUCGAGGACUUGUACCUUGGGACCACGAAAAAGAUCCCUAUAUCCCGCAAUGUCCUUUGCUCAAAGUGUAGUGGCAAAGGAUCGAAAUCUGGAGCUUCAAUGAAGUGCUCUGGAUGUCAAGGAACUGGUAUGAAGGUAACAAUUAGGCAACUUGGCCCAGGUAUGCUCCAGCAGAUGCAGCAUCCUUGCAACGAAUGCAAGGGUACGGGAGAGACUAUUAAUGAUAAAGAUCGCUGCUCUCAGUGCAAAGGUGAAAAGGUUCUGUCAGAGAAGAAAGUUUUGGAAGUCCACGUGGAGAAGGGUAUGCAGAAUGGACAGCAGAUUACUUUCCAUGGAGAAGCUGAUGAAGCGCCCGAGAUAAUCACUGGAGAUGUUGUCGUUGUCCUCCAGCAGAGGGAACAUCCUAAAUUCAAGAGGAAGGGUGAUGAUCUUUUUGUGGAGCACUCACUGUGUCUUACCGAAGCUUUGUGCGGCUUCCAGUUUAUAUUGUCUCACUUGGAUGGUAGGAACCUCCUUAUCAAAUCACAACCUGGAGAAGUCGUGAAACCUGAUUCAACUAAGGCCAUCAACGAUGAAGGGAUGCCAAUGCAUGGGAGACCAUUCAUGAAGGGUAAACUCUAUAUUCAUUUCAAUGUGGAUUUCCCUAAAUCUCUAACUCCAGAGCAAGUCAAGGCCUUGGAGACUGUCCUACCUCCAAAGCCGUCUCUGCAACCAUCGGACCUGGAUCUGGAUGAGUGCGAGGAGACGACAUUGCAAGAUGUUAACAUGGAGGAGGAGAUGCGUAGGAAGCAAGCUCAGCGUCAAGAGGCAUACGAUGAGGAGGAUGAAGACAUGCCCGGCGGGGCCCAGAGGGUGCAAUGUGCUCAGCAGUGA